CCUGUACUUAACAGACACACUCCUGGGGGUCCUCCCACAAACCUGGACUCCUAAGGCCUCUCAGUGAAGGUUCUUCCUGCAUAUUGCACAUGUAGUUCCAGAAGCUGCAAUAUGGGUAAAACACCAUCACCACCCUUGGAAGAAACUACAGGAUUCUCUCUUUCUCCAUUAUGGAAUUGGCUACAAGAAAACAUUGUCAAUACGAAUCCAAAUUCUUGGCUUUCAGAAUACGUAGCUCCAACCUGGCAAACCAUCCUGUGGACUAUCUUUGCCAUUUGCCUGAUACUAGGAACACUUACCUUUUGGAAACGAACUUUUCGGUCAAUUAAGAAAGCCAUCCUGUUCGCUAAUUUACUCCUUAUGCUUUACAAGAAGGGCUCAGAACUUUUUCAAGAUAUAAUGUCCAAUGGUGGCGAAGCAAACGCUAGAUCUGUGAUGAAUCAAGAAAACCAUAACAUGUUGGUGACCCUGAACCUGCAGGAGAAAAUCCUCAAAAAGCUGCAGAUGGUAGAGGGCAAAGUGAAAGACUUGGAGGAUUUGAUCAUAGCCUACAAAAACAAGAAGAAUUUCACAGGACCCUAUUGUAACUGCUCAGACUGUCAGAGUCCCGUGCCUACUUCUGGCUUUACUUCAACAUCUGAAACAUGAAGCCAGCAUGGGAAAUCUACCCUUUCCAGAAAGGCCUCCUGUCCAUCAUCUUGAAUGAUCUGUGGAGUACAAAUAAAGACCUUCCUAUCCUU